AUGAUUGAGACGAUCUAUAUCGCUCGACAUGGCUAUCGUAUGAAUUGGGUUACUUCCAGCUGGAAGAGCGUGACUGGGUUAGCUAAGGAUCCAUCGCUGGCUGCUUUCGGGGAGGCCCAAGCAAUAGAACUAUCCAAUUAUUUCACUGCACUACCACCAGAAGAACGUCCAACGGCUAUAUUUUCUUCUCCCUACUACAGAUGCCUUCAAACGGCGAUACCAGUCUCCGAAUCGCUGCAGGUACCGAUCUAUGUGGAACACGGACUAUCAGAAUGGUACUCGCCCGCCAUGCCGGGCACUGGAUUACACCCCCGUCCUUUCGCUGCACGUAAACUCAAGUCCUACAUCCCGCAGAUAGAUCCCUCAUGGCCGUCAGUAUGGUACCCGUCGCGCAGAGGAGAGCUAGUCGAAGAAGUGCAUGAUCGUAUGGGAGACUGCCUUGAAGUCUUGCAUGCUGCUAUUGAGCAACAAUUCCCCGAGCAACACAAACGGAUCUUACUCGUCAGCCAUGCCGCAACAGUAAUUGCCGCCACAAGAGAAUUAGUCGGAAGUAGAGAUCUGCCCCUCCGAAUCGGAUGCUGCUCCAUUACGAUUCUACAGCGGAAGAAAGGUCAAACGGAUGUACGAGGAGCUUAUGACGCUGUCAAACUCGGUUCCGGUGAGCAUCUGGAACAGGGUGCAUCAAGAGACUGGGGCUUUGAAGAUAUCGUGAUUAAGGAUGGAAAGGUUGUCGACGACGUGGGUACGCCCGGUACAGAGCAUGAGGAAGAUUAUCCCAUCGGAUGCCAAGUUUCGGAGUUUGAGCUAACUGCUCGGAUGUAAUAGACUAGAUAGAUGUUUUAGACCACUCCUUUACAAAUUUUAUCCUGACCGGAACCCC